AUGAAGAGAAGCACCCUCCUCAUCCUCUCCAUCACAGGGGUCUACAGCGCCGUUCUCCACUCAGCAGCAUGGUCUGUGAAUAACUUUCUGAUGACAGGACCUAAGGCGUACCUGACGUUCUCCAGCAGCGUGGCGGCCGGGGCACACAGCGGCAUGGAGGAGUGCAAGUUCCAGUUCGGCUGGGAGCGCUGGAACUGCCCCGAGAGCGCCCUGCAGCUCUCCACGCACAACCGGCUCCGCAGCGCUACCCGGGAAACCUCCUUUGUGCACGCCAUCAGCUCUGCCGGGGUCAUGUACACCCUGACCAGGAACUGCAGCCUGGGGGACUUCGACAGCUGCGGCUGCGACGACUCCCGGAACGGCCGCGUGGGUGGCCGAGGCUGGGUCUGGGGAGGGUGCAGUGACAACGUGGAGUUUGGGGAGAAGGUCUCCAAGCUCUUUGUGGAUGCCUUGGAAACGGGACACGACACCCGCGCACUGAUUAACCUGCACAACAAUGAGGUUGGGAGACUUGCGGUGAAAGACACCAUGAAGAGAGCCUGCAAGUGCCACGGGGUGUCGGGCAGCUGCAGCAUCCAGACCUGCUGGCUGCAGCUGGCCGAGUUCCGCGAGGUGGGCAACCUGCUGAAGCUCAAGUACGACCAAGCGCAGAAGCUGGAGAUGGACAAGCGGCGCCUGAGGGCCGGCAACAGCGCCGAGAGCCGCGGCGCCACGGCCGAGACCUUCCACCACAUCCACGCCACCCAGCUGGUGUUCCUGGAGGACUCCCCCGACUACUGCACCAGGAACGCCAGCCUGGGCCACCAGGGCACGGAGGGCCGCGAGUGCCUGCAGAGCGGCAGGAACCUGUCGCAGUGGGAGAAGCGCAGCUGCCGGCGGCUCUGCACCGAGUGCGGGCUGCGCGUGGAGGAGCGCAGGACCGAGGUGGUGUCCAGCUGCAACUGCAAGUUCCACUGGUGCUGCACCGUGCGCUGCGAGCAGUGCCGGACCACGGUGGCCAAGCACUUCUGCACCCGCCGCGACCCCGCCGCGCCCAACCACAGCCGGCAGAGGAGCAGGGCCCACAGGAGAUAG